UCACGCGCGGCGGCGGCGGCGGCGGCGGCGGCGGCUCCCGGAGUGCGCGCGCACGGGGGCGGAGGCCUCUGCUGAGGAGGAGAAGGAGAAAGAGGAGGAGGAAGAAGAGGAAAAGGAGGAAGGCUCGAGCGGGAGAACGCUCAGACCUUUUAGACUUUAGCAGCGGAGGAGGCUCCGGCCCCAGAGGAGGGAAGCCGCGGGCGCGGGCGCGGGCGCGGACGCAGAUGAGCCCCGCGGGUCGCCCCCGCCUCCGCGCCUUUGCCCCCGAGCGGGUGGCCAUGCCCCUGGCCUUGGCGGCGCGGAUGCCAUCAUCAUGCUGAAGACAGAGCCCUCCGGGGAGCGGGCCCCGCUGAGGAGCGCCUCCCCGCACCGGAAUGCCUACCGCACGGAGUUCCAGGCGCUCAAGAACGCCUUUGACAAGCCUCCGGCCGAGGGCGGCCCGGGGGCGCCGGGGGGCGAGGGGAGCGGCCCCCCCCAGCCGCAGCAGCCCCAGCAGCCCCCGCAGCCCCCCCAGCAGCAGCCGCAGCAGCCGCAGCCGCCGGGCCGGGGCAGGAAGUAUGGCUCCAACGUCAACAGGAUCAAGAACCUCUUCAUGCAGAUGGGCCUGGAGCCCAGCGAGCCGGGGGGCGCCCCCGCCGCCCCCCUGCCCCCCGCCCCCGCGGCGCCCCCCAAGCCGCGGCCCCAGGGCGCGCCCCCCUCCCCGGGCCGCCGGGGCCGCCCCCGGGAGCCCCCCGAGCCCGAGCGGGAGCGCGAGCGGCCCCGGGAGCUGAAGCUCGAGGCGUCCGUGUCGGAGCGCAUCAGCCGCUUCGACGCCUACUCCAGGGUGUCGGAGACCCGGCGCAUGUUCGAGAGGAACAGCCGCCGCUGCUGCGGGGGGGCGCCGGCCCCCGAGCCCGCCCCCGCCCGGGCCCCCCGGGGCGGCGCCGACGCCCUGGAUGCCGCGUCCCCCACCGUGAGCCAGCUCAGCGCCGUCUUCCAGGGCCCCGAGCCCCCCGCCGAGGCCGCGGGCCCGCCAAGGAGCCCCCCCCAGCGCGACGCCCCGCCCCCUGCGGCCGAGGCCCCGGCGGCCCCCCCCCAGGACGCGCCGGCCCUGGGCAAGGAGGGGGCCUCGGAGGAGGCGAGCACCGAGCCGGGCUCCCACGUCUACAUGCACGCGGACUACAGCGUGUACCGGGUGCGCUCCAGGUAUAGCUCGGACUGGGCCGAGCCGGGCGCCGAGGAGGCCGACGAGCAGGACGACAGCGACGAGCCCCCCGACUACCAGCCCAGCCGGGACUACGUGGAGAUCGGGGGGCUGCCCGAGGAGGACGACGUCCCGGCCACCCGCAAGAUCCAGUUCAGCCGGGCGCCCAUCAAGGUUUUCCACACGUACUCCAACGAGGAUUACGACCGGAGGAACGACGACGUGGACCCCGUGGCGGCGUCCGCCGAGUACGAGCUCGAGAAGCGCGUGGAGAAGCUGGACCUUUUCCCAGUGGAGCUAGAGAAAGACGACGACGGCCUCGGCAUCAGCAUCAUCGGCAUGGGCGUGGGCGCCGACGCCGGCCUGGAGAAGCUGGGCAUCUUCGUGAAGACCGUGACCGACGGGGGCGCCGCCCAGCUCGACGGCCGGAUCCAAGUCAACGACCAGAUCGUCGAGGUGGACGGCAUCAGCCUGGUGGGCGUCACCCAGAACUUUGCCGCCACAGUCCUCCGGAACACCAAGGGCACGGUCAGGUUCGUGAUUGGGCGAGAAAAGCCCGGCCAGGUGAGCGAGGUGGCCCAGCUAAUCAGCCAGACCCUGGAGCAAGAGAGGCGCCAGCGGGAGCUCCUGGAGCAGCACUACGGCCAGUAUGACGCGGACGAUGACGAGGAAUCACCCUUUUGUCUCUGGCAAGUGAGGCGGCAUCCUGGUUCUGGAGGAACCCUUACAGAUCCAGAGUAUUCCUUACCCCUUCUUUUACAUCUAGAACUCAUCCCAGUGCUACCACCACAUGCAAAAAAAUGUUCAUCUCGGAUCUUUGGGUUUAUCGCCUUCGAUUGCUCUGGCCAUUUCCGGUUGGGCUGGUACACCGACCAUGCCCCAGUGGGCACACUGUUCCUCAGCCAGCACCAGGUGGUUUUGAUGGCGAGUACAGGUCGAGAUCUGGAAUCUGGGAUCGGCUCGUUCUUUGCGGCCGUUUCUGACCCCUUUGCUGAGUUCUGCCGCGACCCGCAGACCUCCCCGGAACGCCUUCCUGCCCUGAGAGGGACCCUCGAUGCCAGGGACGGACCUCGGGAGAGACCCAGAGAAUCGGGGCCUGCCAGGGACCUCCUGAACGGUCUGUGGUUCUUGCCGCCUCGCCCGCCCGGGGCUCUGGCCAAUACGCGGCUCGGCUGCGUGGCUCCUCGCCGGAAGGGCAAAGGCGUUAAGAAGGCGAAGGGUUACCGGGACGACCGUCUUCAGGAAAAGGCACUGAACGACAUCCCAGAAGAAGGCUGGCUGACAGGUCAGGCCGGAGCUGCUGCCGGGCACCCGUCCGUGAGCAUGUGGAUGUGGGGAGGCCCCGGGCCCAGCCUCUUUCUGUUGUGGUGGCCCGUGGAAGGCGCCUCUCUCCGCGACAACAAACAGUGCCUAGAGCACGCGUGUACCACGUGCGUUCACCCGGCGCCCCGCAGAGGCCACAGCGAGUACCAGGCCUGCGGACAGAGCCAGUGGAGCCCUGGUGAGGAGCGGGCUUCACUGGGGAGCUCCCGAGGCUGUGGGCGGGGCCCUCGGACCCCCGCCUGCCCUCGCGUGCGGCUGGGAAUUCUCAGCUUGUGUCCCGUUCAGACAGGGGAGUACGCCACCGAUGAGGAGGACGAGGACGCGGGGCCGCCCCUCCCCAGCAGGGACCUGGCCAUCGAAGUGUUCGAGCUGCCUGAGAACGAGGACGUCUUCUCCCCGUCCGAGCUGGACACGGGCAAGCUCAGCCACAAGUUCAAGGAGCUGCAGAUCAAGCACGCGGUCACCGAAGCGGAAAUCCAGAAGCUGAAGAACAAGCUGCAGGCCGCUGAGAACGAGAAGGUGAGGUGGGAGCUGGAGAAGAGCCGCCUGCAGCAGAACAUGGACGAGAACAAGGAGCGGGUGCUGAAGCUGGAGAGCUACUGGAUCGAGGCGCAGAGCCUGUGCCACACCGUCAACGAGCACCUCAAGGAGACCCAGAGCCAGUACCAGGCCCUGGAGAAGAAGUACAACAAGGCCAAGAAGCUCAUCAAGGACUUCCAGCAGAAGGAGCUGGACUUCCUCAAGAGGCAGGAAGCGGAGAGGAAGAAGCUCGAGGAGCUGGAGAAGAUCCACGUGGCCGAGGUCCAAGGCCUGCAGGCCCGGAUCCAGGAGCUCGAGGCCGAGGUUUUCCGGCUCAUGAAGCAGAACGGCACGCAGGUCAACAACAACAACAACAUCUUCGAGCGCGGCACCGGCACGGGCGACGUGCCGCAGGGGGAGGCCGUGGAGAACGCCGACAGCCAGCGCGGCUCCGCUCCAGACCUGAACGAAGCUGUCCCAGAGACAGAACGGCUGGAUUCCAAAGCCCAGAAGAGCCGAGCCCAGCUCUCUGUGAAGAACAAGCGGCAAAGGCCCUGCCGGAGCCGACUCUAUGAUAGCGUCAGCUCCACGGAUGGGGAGGACAGCGUGGAACGGAAGACUGGCGCCUUCAGGCAGCCACAGGCCGCAGCCACCGACCUGCCAAAGGAAGCCCCAUGGCCGCCCGCGGGGGCACCAGCCACCUUCCCGCUGUUUCGGGGGAAGCACUUCCCUCCGCUCUCCUUCAAAGCCCGCUCCUGCCCCAGGAAAAGGGUCCAGGCCGAGGCUCCCGGAGUGCCGCCGCCCGCUCCCUUCUCAUGGUUUAGUGCCCGCCGAAAAGGACCGCCCGCUCCCGCCACUGCCCGGAGCCGCGAUCCGAAGGGGGCCAAGGUAGAGAGCCUGGCCACGGAGCGGCGGCCGCUCACACGUCGGACCCGGGCCGCGGGGCCGCCAUGCUGGGGAGGCGGCGCCAGCGGCUCCUACCGAGAGCUCCGGCCCCGCCCCCGUUUCUUCCCGGCCGCGAACGGGGCGGCUCGGGGGGCUGCCCAGCCGCUUUGCAUGCCGGGCCGGCCCCUCCGGCCCUCAGGAGAGGGGCGUGCCGAGACGCGCCCCCUCCCCCCAGCUCCUGAGCCUCGGCCUCCUGUCUUCCUGCAGGCUUUCCCCCUCCCCGACGACUUCAGCCCCAGCAGCACGAGCUCCGCCGACCUCAGCGGCCUGGGGCCCGACCCCAAAGCUCCGGGGCUCUCCCGCUCCUUGGCCCUGUCGUCCGACGAGAGCCUGGACAUGAUCGAUGACGAGAUCCUCGAUGACGGCCAGUCUCCCAAGCACAGCCAGGGCCCGGGCCGGGCCGUCCGGGAAUGGGGCGUGCCGCAGGUGGCCCAGUGGCUCCGGGGCCUGAGCCUGGAGCAGUACGUGGCGGAGUUCAGCGCCCAGAACGUCAGCGGGGAGCAGCUUCUGCAGCUGGACGGCACCAAACUCAAGGCCCUCGGGGUGACGUCAUCGCAGGACAGAGCCCUUAUCAAAAAGCAGCUCAAGGACAUGAAGGCGGCCCUGGAGAAGGCCCGCCGCGCCCAGGAGAAAAUGGAGAAGCAGCGGGAGAAGCUCCGCAAGAAGGAGCAGCAACAGAGGAAGGCCAGGAGGGCGGCCGACCCCCCUUCCCCGGAGCCGCCAGAGGGCGCCAGUGAGCAGUGAGGCUGCCCGCCCCAGGCCUCUGCCUGGCUCCGGGAGCCGCCCCCACCUGGGGCUUCCUGCAAUAACUGACUGUACAGCGCCCUCCGGCCCCUCUCUGGGAGGAUCCCAAAGCGCCCGCCCGUGCCCCCCCCUUCAGAUUGAGGGCCUCCGACCUGUAGCCGGGCAGGGCCUUGGCAGCCUCGGAAGGAAGCCCGAGAGGAAGCUAAAGCCUUAAAGCGAAGCUGGGGCCGGCUCGAGGCUUCGUGUGGGACCCCUCCCUGCCUACCUACUGGGCGCUGGCCCUUCCGGGACUGGCCAGUCAGCUGUGCUGACGGGCGCCCCUCACUGGGCCGGAACCCGGGACUUCCGGCUGCGGGGCGGGGCUGGGAAGUCGGCCAUUUUGUUUGCUCUCUAAUCCCCGCUUCCUUUGCCCGUGGCUGCUGUGCCGCAUGCCCAAGGGGAGAGCGUGGGGGGGGGGGGAACCCUUUGGCUUCGGCCCGUCAUCCCUUCUAGACCCUCCUGUGGGCACCGUGGACGGUGGGGCUGCUCUAUGCCGGCGGCUUUGGGGCGCAGAGCCCGUCUGGGUCUUUGAAAUCGGGGACGCCCCCAGAGGCUUCUGGGAGCACUUGGGCUUCCGGAAGGGCCUGGACUGGGAGGUGGGAGUCCCGGCAGGGCCUGCCCAAGGAGCCGCCUAAGGGGAGCCCAAGGGGUUCAGCUGGGAGGCCCCGCCCCCAGUGGCCCGGAUGUGCUUCCCCCUCAGAAGAAGCCAGUGCGGGCGGCCGGUGGCCAUUGGCGACUCAGCAGUGCCCGCCAGCGCGUGGGGGAAGCCCUGGCAGUGAGCCCUCUCCGGCGGGCGAAAGUUCACCUACCUCAGCCCCGCGUGGGGGAGGAGGGACGUGACCAGGCCCCGCGGAGCGGAGCGAGAGCGCUAGGGAAGGGGCGGAGGAGGACCCGCCCGUGUGCAUGGGGGGAGGGGAGGGGGCGGGGCUCCUUCCCGGUCGCGGCGCUAGAUGGGCCACGAGUGCCAAGAUGGCGCCGGGAGAAGCAUGUUAUCCCCCUUGUCCGUCCAUCUUGGUGUCUGCUCAUCUGCAUGGAGGAGGAGCGAGCGCGCCACCCCGCGGCGACACUUGGUUUCCUUGUGUAAAUAAACUUUGCCAUUGACUAUUCCUGUUGUCGCGCCACGACUGAAUGCAAUAAAAAGCAGGCUUGA